UCUCUAAAGGCGUUUAUCAGUUGUCUAAAGACAUCUAAAUAUGUUCAGUCUCAGUGUGUUUGGCUUCCUUUCGCCCCACUUUUCCAUGGGCUGCGCCGAAAUUUGGCGUGCUCGUGGGAGGCGGAGGAACUCAAAUGCUCCGAUGGGUGCUGGGACUUUUCCUCUUCUGCCUGGGAUCUGCGUGUUACGCCUUGCUGGGAAUCCUUUCGCAGCUCUCCAAAUCGCCUGAUGGUUCCUAUGGCUAUUCUCUUCCCAGCGUGGUUUUAUUGGCCGAGUUCACCAAACUUUGCAUCAGCCUUUGUUUUUUGACCGCAGAGAGCGGUUCCAUUUCCCAGGCACUAAAGGAUGUGCUUGGGACUUCUGUGAGGACGUGGUUGGCCUUUGCCUUCCCUUCGGCUCUCUAUUCGUUGAACAACAACUUGGAUAUGCUGAACAAUCAGCACAUGGAUCCCGCCACUGAGCAGGUGCUCGUUCAGGCAAAGAUUCUGACCACGGGCAUCGUAUGGUGGUGGGUCUUUGGGCGCACCAUGGGUGGCCGCAAGUGGUUUGCCCUGGUUCUCCUCUUUCUGGGUGCAGUGUCUGCCGGUUGGCCGUCAGAUGCCACAAGUGGGAAAAGGAUGCAUAUUGACUCAGUGGGCGUGUUGCUGGUGAUCCUCUACGUUUGGGUCAGCGCCUCGGCGGGGGUUUACAACGAAUGGCUCUACAAGGGUAUUGGCAAAGAUGACAACAUCCACACGUGCAAUAUCCGCAUCUACGUCAUCGGCUGCACCGUGAAUCUCGCGGCGCAUCUGUGGCAUAACCCCCUCAGCAGCCUUCAAACCUUGACCGAGGGCUACAAUCGAUAUUGCUGGGCCUUAGUGGCGACCUACUCGCUGAUGGGUCUGCUGAUAGCUCAGGUGAUGAAGUUCUUCGAUAGCAUUGUGAAGCUCUUCAUUUCUGGGUCGUCCAUGUACGUCUCAGCAGUGCUUAGCUGGGCGAUCUUUGGAUACACGCCUACCUGGAAUUUCCUGAGUGGUAUGGCUUUAGUGACCGUAGCCAUGGCGUUGUACAACUACGAUAGCAUCAAGCUGUUCUUCAGCAAGUCCAAAGAUGAAUAGUCUACACCGACAGCCUGAAGAGGCUACUGCCUAAAAACAGUCAUGACUGAAAGCCCGGGUUGCGCGACGUAGUACGAUUGGGAAGAUGAAAAAAAAAUGGGUGUCGCAUUGUAAAAGGUCGCAGAG